AUGGAGGACCAGAAAAGAAGUCCACGUGCAGUGGAAAGAAGACUGCUCAGAAGAUUGUACCAUUGUCAUCAGAAAAAGACGUGUUUCACGUACCUGUUCCUGGUGUGUGUCACGCUCGUGUUCUUUUCCAUUUGGAGCGAGAAGUAUCUGCUCCAUCAGCACUACCAGCGGCUUGCAUUGACCUACGGGGUCAAUGCCCCUCCUUACCGGAUCCAUCCGAAGCACCGAGUCAAACUGGAUUCCACCAAUCCCAAAACCAGCAUUGUCCCAUUGAGUGGGGGCACUCAGUACCAUCUAGCAUACCCGCAGAACUACCACUUCAUCAUGGACGUGGGCGACGUGUGCGAUAACCACGCACCUUUCCUGGUGCUGAUGGUUCCGGUGGAGCCCGCCAACGUUGCGGCCCGGGACGCCAUCCGCAGGACGUGGGGCAAGGAGAAGCUAGUCCAAGGCAAGAAAGUCCUGACUCUUUUCAUGCAGGGCUUGGUCGACGGGGCCGAUCUGCGGCAGGAGAACGAGCUGCACGGCGAUCUGAUCCAGAGUGACUUCAGGGACACCUACCUCAACCUGACCAUCAAGACCAUGGUCAUCAUGGAGUGGCUGGCCACGCGCUGCCCGACGGCCGCCUACGCCAUGAAGAUCGACUCGGACAUGUUUCUCAACAUCGACAAACUGGUGCUGAUGCUGCAGAAGCCGGGCAUUCCCCGAACCGACUACCUGACGGGGAGGCUCAUGCGGAAGCAACAGGUCUGCCGCUCAGAGAGCUCCAAGUGGUACGUGCCCGAGGAGAUGUACCCUGAUCGCGAAUAUCCCCUGUACACUCUGGGCAUGGGCUAUGUGUUCUCCAAUGACCUGCCGCGCAAGUUGGUGGCGAUCUCCAAAAGCAUCAAGCCCUUCAACAUCGAGGACGCUUACGUCGGAAUGUGCAUGAAGAAGUUGGGACUGGCGCCCACGUCACCGCCCGAUCCUUCCCAAUUCCGAACAUACAACACUAAGUUCAGCCGCUGCACGUACUCCAAGAUCAUCGCCUCCAUUCUGUCGUCCCCCAAUGAGCUGAUCAGUUUCUGGAUGGCGCUCAAGAUGCCUGGACCCCCUUGUUGA